AACUUUUGGAUAAAGCGAGAAAAGUCAUCACAUUAACUUAUUUUUAUUUUGUUCAAGAACAGUUACAUCUUUGUCUCUUGUGCUGGACCCAACAACCAUCAUAAUACCAGAAAUGACUAUGGAGAGAGAUUGAAAGAGAAGAAACUCUCUCUCUCUCUCAGCUUCUCUCUGCUCUCUCUCACUCAAAGAUACAAAGCUUUUGGUGUUGUUCUGAUCUCCAAUGUUGUCAUCAGCAAAACAUAAAAUCAACCAUAGUGCUUUUUCUGUUUCCUCAUCUUCAUCUUCAUUACCUCAUUCAUAUUCACAAGCCAAGAACAUGACUCAAGUCACCAUGGAAGAGGUAUGGAAAGAUAUCAACCUUGCUUCCCUACACCAACAUCGCCAGCUAAACAUUGAUCAUGAGCCAGUGUUGAGCAACCAAAACCCUAAUAACUCCAUCUUCAAAGAUUUCCUCAAGAAGCCUUUGAAUCAAGAACCACAACCACUACCACCUUCUUCUUCUUCAUCCACUCUCCACCGCUCUCUUCCUCCUCCUCCUCCUGAAACUGUUCUCAGUUUAAACCCUCACUCCAUUAACACCCACUUUGAUGAAUCUGCGAGGUUUGGUUGUUUUGGGAUGAAAAGAGGAGGCCAAGAAUCUGAUGAAAGCAGAGGAGACAGAAGGCAUAAGCGUAUGAUCAAGAACAGAGAAUCUGCUGCUCGUUCGAGGGCUAGGAAACAGGAAUGCCUCUCUCCUUACUUUUCUCCGCCUUAUCAAUUGAAGGAAACAGAAACUGAAUCUAGUGUUGAAUCUACAGUUUCUUCUCUGUAUUUAAAAAAAUGGUAUAUAUUUUUUUCUUCUAUUUCAGGCAUAUACAAACGAGCUGGAGCUUGCAAUAUCUCACUUGCAGAAGGAAAAUGCAAGACUCAAGAGACAAGAAGAGCAGUUGAAAAUGGCGGAAGCAACUCAACACCAAACAAAGAGAAAGCUUCAACGGUCUUGGACAACUCCAUUUUGAGAAAAAAAACAUCCAACUCACGUCAUGGAGAAGAGAAGCAUGGAUAAUAUGUACAUUCUUAGCUUAAGGUAAAUCUGUGGAUGUAGUAGUUUUGGGGAGUGUAGUAACGAACUUUCAUUCGUCUUGUGUCGUUUUUCUAUCAAACCUUUUUGACUUGUGUACUAUUUUUCUACUUAACAUAUGCCUACUUUUUCA